AUGGAACCACCUCACUCUCAGGAUUCUGCGCGAAUUUGGUGCGACACGGUACACACCUCCCUCCAGAACUUCAUUAGCACUGUGCUGGACGCGGUGCCGCUACCUGCACUCUUACAGUGGAAGGACAAUACUUUUGAUGAAGUGGAGGAGAAACAACAGUUACAGCGAGAGGUGACCGUACUAAAGAUGAAGCUACAGGACACUUCUAGUGUUCACCAGUUGGAAGAGAACAACAACCUUAACAAAAACCUCGUUACAAGGUCAGAUCUAGAUAUAGCAGAAGAUUUCUACAUAAUAUCCGCCAGCCGGUCCCCCGAAGCAGCAGCCCGCUCUCCCCACACUGAUCAGCCCUCAACUUCAAUACCCCGGCACAAGAACGGCAGUUUCACCAGCCUCAACCACCGGGAUUACACCGAGCACACAGCGCCGCUGAUAUUUGCGCGGUUCAGCUGUGAGGGCAUGUUCUGUGCCACUAGUGAUAUCAACGGUACCCUGAAAGUUUGGACUUUCUCACCGGACAUAAAGACGCUUCACAGUUUUGUGUUCAAAAGCGGCAUUUACAGUUUGCACUGGGCGACUAAAAUAGACAAACUACUCUAUGUUGGUACGGGUGACAGCAAGAUUAAAAUACUGAACAUCAGCAACAGGAAAAUAACCCAGGAACUUAGCCACCCUACAGAUAACCUCAGGGUAAUCUCCCUGGCCUCGAACGUAGCAUGUACUCAUCUCGUCUCUUCGGGCACUGACAAGGAACAGAAAACGUCCGAGUUUAUAGUCUGGGACUGCAAGACUAGGGAGUGUUUACAAGUCCUGGAGAUAACGCCCCUUCCAUCACCUAUAACAUCCACUCACUACAACCACAAUGGUAACCUGUUGGUUUGUGGUGCUAUGGACGGGAUGAUAAGGGUAUAUGCUGACUACCAGUGUAUAAUGGGCUGGCAGGCUAGCUCCGCUGCUAUUACCACAGUCAAGUUUAGUGUUGAUGAGAACACUGUGUUUGCGUACUGUAAAGACGGGUCGCUGUCUCAAUGGAGACUGUACCCUAUGUCUCAAUGUCUCUACAAUAUCCCUGUCUCAGACACGCCCCCACAAAACGUGCAGCAUUUUGGUCGUGACAUUGCUCUGGACUCGGAAGGAAAGUAUUUGUUAGUUGGCCGGGGUUUCCAAGCUGUUGUUUACUCGAUCGAGAACGGGUUGGUGGAGGACAGUGUGUUGCCUUCCCAGGGCUCCAAAGUUAGUUGCGUUGACUGGCAUGUGCCGUAUAGCACUAGGCUGUGCCUAACGGCCACCACGUCGGGCAUUGCCAGGAUUAUCGGACUUUUAUAGCAGAAAUUGCGAUAGGAAUGAAGUCAGAAGAUAUUUUAUGAGUAUGAUUUUGGUUUUUUGUGAUUUUAAUGAUUUGACUUUUGUGUAAAUAUAAUUUAUAAUGCUGUUUUUAUCCGCUCUGUCUAAUGUGCUUAAAUUACGAUGUUUAUUAAGAUUUAGUUACACCAAAUAAUUGCUAAGAAUCUCACAAUCCAUGGAUAAGGGCGACAAAAUGGUCGCAUUUUUGUGAUCGCAAUAAUGUGACGCGUCUAAAAAUAUUACUGAUAAAAGUAUGCAAUUUUAACACUUUCACGCGCGUUCUGAACACGCGGAUUUGAGAUUUCCUUUGAAAUUCGCCGCGUUUGGAGUGUAAAAGGCACGCGUGUUGCUUGAACAUAUUUAUCGUGUAUUGAUGUAUGAUGAGGUAUAUAAUUCUUUAAAUUUUAACUUUCUGUCAGAACUAAAUGCCAUUACCUUUAAUUACCCACAUGUGGUACCACCGGCAGAUUAGGAUAAGCACUAAGGGGUCGUUCACAUAUUACGUAAUCAGCUGAGGGGGGAGGGGGGUUUCCGAAUGAUUACGCUAGUGUAAUUUUGACACAAUAGCUAUGUGUAAAACUGAUUACGGAGGGGGGCAGGGGUAUAAAUGUUCCAAAAAAUGAUUACGUUAUAUGUGAACGACCCCUAAGCAAUAAAUUGGAGAUGUUCAUGAUUAUUAAAUUAACUAAAAAGUACAUACAACACUGAGAUCCUUAACUCGUAUUACACUAAUGAUUGUACAUGUCAGUAACUAUGUUUGAAUAUUUUUUGGCACCGCGUGACAUAUUUGCCUUUAAUGAAGGUUGGUCUUCUGACUCUACACAAUUAGAAAGUACGUAUUUCUGUAAUAGAGCUAUAUUAGUACAAAUCUGUCA